AUGGAAGUGUCGUCAUUAACCCAUGGAAACCACUUGGCCCUGACCUGUCUUCAGUGUGCUCUUAAGAAUGACGGCCUUCGUAAUGCAUCAUACCAGCUGCCUUAUGGUUCUGUGAUUAUCCCUGGCCAGAAGCCCAGCCUUGGAUUUGCUCUGAGGCAAAAAUCGGCACUUCGUUCUGGAGGUCUCUAUCAUCUGUCAGAACAGUCUCCACUGUCAGGUAUGCCCAACCCGACCGUUGCCUCGGCAUUGCAGAAUGAGGAACUCCGUGGUGUCACUUACAGGUUCUCAGAUGACUUUGUUCUCACACGUCGGUUCCACAACCCAAAAAUGUCUGAUGCCAUCCAAAACCAGCAUCUUCGCUAUGCUUCAUAUAGGGUGCCAACACCCCUGCAAGGUGAGGAUUAUUGCUAUGCUGUGGUUCCUCCCUACGGACCACGCUCAGGCCACUGGGCCAGGAACGCCCAAGGAGGGGGGGAAGAAGGGGAGGAUGUUUGGGCAGCUGAGAGGGUUUUGCCACAUGGAACGGUCCAGAAUCUGUCAAAGUGGUCCAUGUACAGAGAAGAUGGGAUGUUAGAAGGAUAUUCACCCACACCUCAAUUUGUUGACGGAAAGCCUCAGGACCCUGACUGGACUCCUGACAGAGAAAGAGUACCUGGUCAAAGCUGGUUUGACAAGAUCAACUCUAUCCUAACCAUGCCCGCAACAGGCCACAGGGUAAAACGCUGGGCAGAGGGAAUGGAGGACAUGACACAGCUGCCUGAGCUGAAUGAAACUACAGUCCUCAUGAACCUGAAGAAGCGCUACGACCAGGAGCUCUAUUAUACCUACAUAGGCAGCAUCCUCGUGUGUGUAAAUCCCUACAAGUUGCUCAACAUUUAUGGCACAGACGUGGUGCUUCAAUAUGAAGGCCGCAACCUGAGUGACAACCCUCCUCAUCUUUUUGCCAUUGCUAAUCUCGCAUAUACCACCAUGAUGGAUGCCAAAAAGGACCAGUGCAUUGUGAUCAGCGGAGAAAGUGGGUCAGGAAAAACAGAAGCUACAAAACUGAUCCUGCGUUACCUGACAGCCAUACAUCACAAACGAAACGUCACACAACAGGUAGAUACUAUCCUAGAGGCCAUGCCCCUGCUGGAGUCUUUUGGGAAUGCCAAAACAGUGCGCAAUGACAACUCUUCACGCUUUGGCAAAUACACACAGCUCUACAUGGAGGAGGGUGUAAUCAGUGGUGCCAUAACGUCUCAGUACCUAUUGGAGAAGUCCCGCGUUGUCUUUCAGGCCAAAUAUGAGAGGAACUACCACAUCUUCUAUGAGAUGUUGGCAGGUCUUCCUCCUAAAGAGAAGAGCUCACUGUAUCUGCAGGAAGCUGAGACUUACUAUUAUCUGAAUCAGGGAGGGGACUGUACCAUAGAAGGGAAGGAUGAUGGGGAGGACUUCAGGCGUCUCCUGGGUGCCAUGGACAUCCUGUGUUUCACACCGGAGGAGAAAAACAGCAUCUACAGAUUGCUGUCCUCUGUUCUUCAUCUAGGGAAUGUUUACUUUCAGCCACACCAGGCUGAGGAUCAGGAGGUCGCAUCCGUGGUGAGUGCACAGGAGAUCAGGGUGGUUGCUGAGCUGCUGCAGGUCUCACCUGACGGCCUGCAGAAGUCUGUCACCUUUAAACUGACAGAUACAGUACGGGAAAAGAUCUACACUCCGCUCACAGUGGAGAGUGCUGUGGAUGCCAGAGAUGCUGUUGCCAAGAUCCUGUAUUCGCUGCUGUUUAGUUGGCUGACAGAGCGUAUCAAUGGACGGGUCUACCCUCGCAACGAAGCCCUCUCCAUCUCCAUAUUGGACAUAUAUGGUUUUGAGGAGCUACAGGUGAACAGCUUUGAGCAGCUUUGCAUCAACUAUGCCAAUGAAACUUUGCAGUUCUUAUUUAACAAAGUCAUCUUCCUCGAAGAGCAGGAGGAGUACAUGCGGGAGCAGAUCGAGUGGCAGCAGCAGCCUUUCAGCGACAAUCAGGCCUGUCUUGACCUCAUUGCUGCUAAGCCCCAUGGGAUACUGCGCAUACUGGACGACCAGUGUAGUUUCCCUCAGGCAACAGACCACACCUUCCUUCAGAAGUGCCACUAUCACCAUGGAAACAACCCACUGUAUGCCAGACCGAAGAUGCCACUGCCAGAGUUCACCUUGAAACACUAUGCUGGGAAGGUCACUUACCAGGUGCACAAAUUCUUGGACAAGAACUUUGACAUGGUCCGCCAGGAUGUUUUAGACCUCUUCAUCCAGAGCAAGAACAGAAUGGUAUCAAACCUCUUCUUGAAGCACUCAGAGUCUGUGUCUCAGCAGCAGUCUAAUAUGCGGCGCAGCAGCACAGCUCGUCGGUAUCAGGCCAACACGGUCAGCGCAAAGUUCCAGAGCAGUCUGCAGGCGCUGCUGGAGAAGAUGGAAAGGUGUAACCUUUAUUUUGUGCGAUGCAUCAAGCCAAACCAUCAUAAGGAGCCAGGCUUGUUUGACAUGGAGCUGGUCAACCUUCAGCUGCAUUACUCUGGCAUCAUGGAGACCAUCUAUAUCAGGAAGGACGGUUAUCCAAUCAGAUUGCACUUUCACAGCUUCCUAUCAAGGUACAAAAGCCUGCUCUGCCUGAAGGAUCUUCCACCUGCAGAUGGAGAAAACUGUAUCAACAUGCUCCACAAGCUCGGUCCAGUCAACCCCGGAUCAUAUCAGCUGGGAGUCAGUAAGAUUUUCCUGAAAGAGGAAUUGUAUCAGCUGCUUGAGGGUAAGCGUGACCGUCUGCUGAACAUGGCUGCCAUGAUGCUGCAGAGAUGCACCCGCAUGGUUUUUUUCCUAAAGAAGUUUAGGAAGAUCAGGCAGCGUGUGAUCCUGUUUGAAGCUCGCUGCAGAGGCUACCUGGCCAGAAAAAAGUUUAUUCUGAGGAGGAAGCACCUCAUCAGGUUACGCUCCAUUGUGCUACUCAUCAUCAACCGUCAGCGUUACAUGAGGAUAGUGGUGGAGGCUGCAAGGAAGGCAGAGGAGGAUCGCAUCAACAGAGAAGUGGUGGAUGUGACAACACUUCCUAUCCCGGCUGAGCUGGCAGCCCUGCUGCAGGAAGCUUCAGGUGGUGAAGAGCUGCUUUCUGACUGCCUGGCUGUGGUCCAGGCUCCAACGGUUCAAGUUGACCCCCAGUUGACUCUGCCCCUAGAUAUCAACAACUACCUCAUGACACACUACAUCCGGGCCAUAUUCAGGGAGCCGUUGUUUGGGAUGGUGACCACUCCGCUGGAGAGCUCUCUGAUUCGUCUGGAUGAGGAGCUAAAUCAGGGAGCGCUGAGUGUUUUCAUUCUGAUUUUAAGGUUCAUGGGUGAUCCUAACCUGAAUGGGGCUCAGGAGAAUCUAUUUGGAAACUACAUCAUUCAGAGAGGACUCGCCAAUUCCAGCCUCCGGGAUGAGAUCCUGGCUCAGGUAGUCAACCAGGUGUGGAGGAAUCCUAACAUUUUGAACUCAGAGCGUGGCUGGCUCCUCCUCUCGUCUUGUCUCUCUGCCUUCCUGCCUUCUCAAAGGUUGGCCAAGUAUCUGCUAAAGUUUGUGUCUGACUAUGGGCCAGAGGGCUACGACUCUGUGUGUCAGCAUCGUCUGCUUCAGGCUCUGCAGCGGCUGAAUGUCGGCCCAGAGUACGUGCGCACGUACCCGCCCUGUCUGCUGGAGUGGACCGCCAAUCGCAAGAGAGCUCACACUGUACUGCACAUAUACUGCUUUGAUGGUGUAUCCUUCCUGUGUCCUCUACACUCCUGGACGACAGGAGAAGAGAUGGCCAAAGACCUCUUACAACACAGGGGUGCAGCAGAGGGCCGCCAAGGCUGGUCAGUGCUGCUGAAGGAGGCGGCUCAGUGGGUGGAACUGGAGGGAUCUGACUACAUUCUGGACUUGAUGUCAGACCUGGAGCUUCCCGCUGAGUUCCCCAAACGCAACAGCUACUUCAUCAUCUCUGCACAGGAACCAACCAGAGUGCGGCCCAAUGCCAGCAUAAGCCUGUUGGGCGGUGGGUUUGACAGGAAUGAUGAUGUCAUAUCUUCAGCCAUACCUGGCUCUGAUUUACUCUCUAGCCAAGACUUGGAGCCUCAAAGAGGGAUGGAUCGUUAUCUGGACAGCCUGUUUGACCCUGUACUGUCUGAAGCAACCGGAGAAGUAGAAUCAGCUGCAGGACUGUCUGGCAGGAUGAAGGGGGCUGGAGGAGUUAGAGGGGGCUGGGACCAGGAAGGGCAGUCCACCCGCCCCCCACCUCCACCUGGAGCUGUGAGAGUCCUUCCUGUGGGAGGUGUGAUGUUGUCUCCUGUUGCUGCGGUGGCACCUAUAACACCUGAUGCCCAACAGGCUGUUUUGGCCCAGAGGCAGCAGGCGACCGUAAACCACGAGGCCCCAGUGGUCCAGCAGACGACCGCACAGGCCGCAGCCAUGGUCAGCAGCCCGGUGACAAGCCCCCCCACCUCCCCGAUCACAAGCCCUCCUAUGAGCCCCACGCUUCAUCAGCCUCCCAGACCCUAUGCUGGCAUACCUCCAAGUCCGUAUGCAAACAUCCCACCCAGCCCCUAUGCUAACUUCACUCCCACUUCCUACACAGCGGCGGACAUCCCGCCUAGCCCCUAUCCAGACACUGCUCAACAAGAACAAACUCCAUCUCAGCCUCCAGCUGAGCCCCAGUCUCAGCCUCAAGCUCACCCCCAGGUCCCCGGCCCUGACGCCAAACCUCAGCCGAGUUCCUCUAAAUCUAACAAAACUGGGCCAGGACAGCCUGCAGCUAACCCUGCUGCACAGGUUCAGUCAGGUAAGGACAGCGUUUCUCGGAGGAAGGCUCCAGGCAUCCCCAUAAACAAGGACAAACCAGCCAAGAAGUUUGCCCCAGUAGUUACGUCUCCUCCGCCCCCUGCUGGAGAGGUGGUGAAGUACUCAGAACGGACUCCAGAUCAUAUGGUCCCCAGCCAAAAUGUCCAAGAAAUCAUCAAAAGGUACAACACUCCACCUCCAGCCCCAGAGCCACUGUCACCGGGCAAAAGGAGACCAGAGGGUAAGUUUAAAAAGAAGCAGACCCCUCGUGAUGAAGCUUUACAGAUCCUCAAACCCCAGAUGGACAAUCCUCCUGCUCCACAGCCCAAACGUCCUGUUGCUCCCACACCUCCUGCACCUGCAGUGAAAGAAGAGGGUGUUAAACCCACCAAGAGUACAAAGACAAGAGCUCCUGUUCGUCCCCUCCCCAUACCUCCUCCAGUGUCUCGAGAGCUCCCAGUGGAGACGGAGAACAUCCUGACACAGCUUCAUCAGAGUGUCAACGAAGAGUACUACACCUACACCAAUGUUCCCUGGAGGUUGUACCUCAGGAAGGAGGUUUUCUAUCCCAAAGACAACUUCAACAGUCCCCUGGUGCUAGACCUCAUCUUCAAACAGAUAGUGAAUGACACUCUGUCAGAGGCGUGUGUUCGCAUCACACAGGAUGAAAGGCAGAGAAUGAAAGCUCUUUUUGCUAAACAUGGGGUUAAACAGAAUAUGGAUCCAGUGGAGGAGCACGUGAAGAAAACCAUUGUCACAGCAGCCAAGGAAACCUGGGAAAUAUACUUCUCCCGACUGUUCCCUGCCUCGGGUAGUGUAGGAACAGGUGUCCAGGUGGUGUCCAUAUCCCACAGCGGUAUUAAGCUGUUGAAGACUGUAAAAAGCAGCGCAGCAGCUCCAGACUACUUCAGAGUCCUGCGACCAUACACCUAUGCAGACAUUUUGUUUGUAACCAUCCCAUCUGAAAAUAUGCUUGAGUUCAAUCUGACCAACGAGAAGCUGAUACUGUUCUCAGCCAAGGCGCCACAAGUCAAACACCUCAUAGACACCUUCAUCAGUGAGAUUAAAAAGGACUCAGACUAUGUAAUUGCAGAGCGUAACUUCGUGACAGACAACCGCUCGAUGCUCAGCUUCCACAAAGGUGACAUCAUCAGGCUGGAGGUUAUGGACGGGCUGGAGAAAGGUUACAGCUACGGCUGUGUGGUAAGAAAGAAGGUGGUGUUUUUGGAGGAGCUGAAAAGGGACACACAAGACUUUGGUUGGAAGUUUGGCGCUGUGUUUAGUCGCUCCGGAGCAUUCCCAGCUGAAUGUGUCCAUCCCGUCGCUCCUCCUGACUUCCUGUCGCUGCCACUGGACCGCAAGUCGGAGCCUCGAGGAGGAGCGGGACAGUUUGCUGUGUCAUCAGCCGUCGCUGUUGCUGUGGCGUCCACCGUGGCUGCACACGAGAUAGAUCAAACAAUCGAAAAGGUUUCCCUUGAUGGUUUUGCUGAUGGAGAUCUGGAUGAGAGGGCCUUGCUGGACAGUAAAUAUGACAUGCUGGAGUUCGCCAAGAAAUACUUCAGACAGGGACCCAGUGGGAAGGGAGAUUCUCUGAAGAGCAAAAGCAAGAGCAGAAGCUCCAGGGAUCCCACUGAACUGAUCAAAUUCUCCAAGACUCCUCUGACCGAGUCUCUGAUAGAGUUUACUGAUCCAGCAUUGAACAGAGUGGCAGCUGAUCUCUUCCUGUCUGUGAUGCGUUUCAUGGGUGACUCUCCAUCAAGGGGACUGACUGAACAAGAAGUGGUCAGCACUUUCCUCAAGCUUGUAGGAGAGUUCACCUUGAUGAGGGAUGAGGCUUACUGCCAGCUGCUCAAACAGCUUACUGCUAACACCAGCUCUAAACCUGAUAGUUGCCAACGAGGCUGGAGGCUGCUGUACAUCCUGACUGCUUUCCAUCGCUGCUCUGAGGUCCUCAACCUUCGCAGUGCUGGAGCACAGUAUCAAGGCAUAGCCAAAGCAUGUGAGCAAAACCUGAAGAAGACGUUCCAGUAUGGAGGACGCAUUGUUCCACCCAACAGCAUGGAGCUGAAGGCGAUGAUGGCAGGACGAAGUUCAAAACGUCAGCUGUUUCUCUUUCCUGGAGGCCUCGAACGCCACGUGAAAAUCAAAACAUGCUCUAUUGCCCUGGAGGUGAUUGAGGAGUUAUGUUAUGAGAUGGAUUUACACAGACUGGAGGCCAUGGAAGAAUAUACCAUAUUUCUAGUCAGCAAUAGAGGCCAGCAUGUGCGCCCUCUGAACAAGCACGAGUACAUCCUGGAUGUGGCAACAGAGGCCGAGAUAAUUGACACAAACUACAGCUUUUGGUUCAGACGAGUCAUCUGGACUCAGCCGCUCAAGUUUGAAAAUGAGCUCUGUGUCACCAUGCAUUAUAACCAGAUACUGCCGGACUACCGUAAAGGUCUGCUGAAUGUUCUUCCAAAUGGAAAAGUGAGCGACCAACAGUUCCACCAGAUCUCCAAACUGGCAGCUUUGCAGCACAGAGCCAAAGAUAUUAUCUUCAUCCCCAGCAUACAUGAGUUAUCAGAGUACAUCGCCACACCUCUGUUCAAAAAGCAGCCACCCCAGCAGUGGGUUACCAUGGUGACACAGCACAUGCAGCAAGUGCAGACCCUGAACCCGCAUCAGGCCAGGGCGCAGUUUCUGGGGCUGAUCAGUGCAUUCCCCAUGUUCGGCUCCGCAUUCUUUUACAUCCACAGCAGCAGUUCCACCACCUUCUACGCCCCCUCUAUUCUUGCUGUCAAUCAACAUGGUCUCCACUUCCUGCACAAAAAUACACAUGAGCUGAUUGCAUUGGUCCCCCUGGUGGAAGUGCAGUCCAGCCGCACCCAGAGGCCCACUGCUGGGACCAGUUACCCAUAUGUGGACCUUACCCUAGGGGACAUGAACACACAGCGGGUCAUCCAACUGCAGCUAGAGCAGGGCCUGGAGUUGUGUCGAGUCAUUGCCAUGCAGGUAGAAAACAUGAUGUCUGUGGAGAAGAAGAGGCUCACCCUGCCACCCAGCGAAAUCACCAUGUUAUAACAUGCUUAAUUGUACACACACACUCACACACACACAUAGAAAUGCAGAAAAACCUGUAAAAACAACCUACCUCUUGUUACCUUCAGGUAUUUGUUGUGUGAAGCUCACACACUAAUAUGAUAUGUAAAUCAAGUGUACCCUGAAGUCAGUCUCACUUUUGAUUAUUGUACUGUGAUAAUUGCACAAAGUGCAGCCUAGGGACAGUGAUAAGUUUGUACUGAUCAGUGUUUCUUUUCAGACUGACACCGUGAUAACUGAACUUACUGUAAUAUAGUGAACAGGUUUAAAUAUGUUUGAUCUGCAUAACAGAUAUGGAUGAAAAGUGAGGAAGGUUCACAGGCCUGUGCCUUUUCAUUACAGUUUUAUUAUUGUUAGUAACAUUUUUAUAUUUUUCAUUACUAUCGUACUGUAAAACUUGAUAUGGGUGUAAACUGUUGUA